AUGAUUGCAGACACGAGAAGAAUAUUCGUACGUCUGCCUCGCAUCCGGUGUACUUUGCUUAACACUCCUGGCUUCUGGUCUACGAGAUGGUACCCUACUCGACCAGGAGGAAAUCAACUCGCGUCCAACACCCAUCUCGGGACGCCUUUUCAUACUGAUUCUUUACUUCGACGCGACUGCGACUGGGGCCGUCCUUGUCAAUGUGUUGAUUGCCGGGAAGAAGCCGAGCAACGAGAAAACGAACGCAGAGAAGCUGCUAGAGUACCGAUAUGCCAAGUCUGCGAAACAUCCCCUACAGCGCAUGUAUCAUUUGGAGAUCCGGUGUGGGCAAUUGGCAGAACUGGCUAUACUUCCUUCUGUGCUGAAUGCUGGAAGAAAGCUGCUGAGAAAAACAAGGAAAUAGAAGAAAGGAGGGAAAGAAAAGAGCAGCAGCGGAUGAAAUCCAUCAAAGGCAUGUCGAAAGCAUGUUUCAGAGAGUGA